UAUGACGUAAAGAACGUGUUCGCCAUAAUGACAGUCAACUAUCAACAAAAAAAGCCACAUUGUGUAUAUUGAGAUUUGACUGUAAAAUCCCGCCUAUUCUACCGGCGUUUGUUUGCAGCCAUUGGACCUAGCUUCCUAUCAACUUAUUUAAGUUUUGGAGCAAUCACACAACACUGAAGGACUAAGCGGAACAGCAAGAGUUAUGGCGUCGGCAUCUGCCAGUGUGGACUCCAAGGCAGAGCUGACUGCGCUUUUGGAACAGUGGGAAAGGGAACAACAAGGCAGUACACAGGAACUAGUAAACAUCCUCACCAAAAUAUCUGAGCUUGUCGAGAAGGAGACUGAGGAGUACCGCAAAGCGGAUCCAGACCCUUUUGAUGAUCGACAUCCUGGGAGAGCUGAUCCAGAAUGUGUAUUAGGGCAUUUGCUCAAGAUCCUCUUCAAGAAUGAUGAAUUCAUGAAUACAUUGGUGAAUAGUUAUGUGAUGGCCAGUAGAGAAAUUAGCCUCAAUGCAGAAGCUUGUCGCCUCCUUCAGAACAUCAUGCCUGGCCUGGAGACUGCCGUUGUCUUUCAGGAAAAGGAGGGGCUAGUUGAAAGGUUGUUCAAGUGGGCUCAGGAGGCCGAGCAGCCUCUCAGAAUCUAUGCCACUGGCUUGUUGGCAGGUGCCAUGGAGAACCAGGACAUUGCUGCCAACUACAGAGAAGAAAACUCUAUUUUGGUGCCAUUGAUGCUGCAUCGCCUUCGUGAACUUCAAGAUAAAGAUGUUGAAAACAAAAGAGAAAUUAAACGUCCUAGUCCCAGAAAAGCUCUGAACGAACCGUUGCUGCCUUUGGAUGAAGAGGCUGUUGAUGGAGGCUUUGAGAAGCCAUUUUCCCUCGGCCACAAUGGGUCUGAAACACAAGGACUGGAAUCUGAGGAGGAUAGUGAAAUUACCCUGUCCGCCUUGGAGUCUGAAAAUGAGCUUCCGUUUCACCUUAACAACCCUCACAAGACCAACAACUGUGCCACCUCGGCUGUUAAAAGCAUGAUGAAGCCCAUGUCUGCCUCGGGGUCACUUCUGCACCUUGGUACCUCGGAUGGUAGUAGUUACCUAAAAAGAAAAGCAGAAAAAGAGUAUGGCAGGACCUCAAAACUCAAGUUGAAUUUCUCCAUGCCUGAAGUAGAGAGGAAUAUAAGUGAGCUUUCCAACAGUAGCUGGUCUGAGAUGAGCCCAUGGGUGAUUGGUAACAACUACCGCUUAUCCCCCCUGACUCCUGAAAUCGAGCAGAGGCUCAUUUUGCAGUAUCUCACUCCCCUGGGAGAAUAUCAGGAGAUGUUGGCGGUGUUCAUGCAGAUGGGAGCCCGUGAGCUUCUGAUGCACUAUACUGAUUUAAAGCAGACCAACGAUGUACAGCUCACAUUUGAGGCUCUCAAGUAUUUGGCUUCUCUGCUGCUUCACAAAAAGUUUGCUGCGGAGUUUGUCGCACACGGAGGUGUUCAGAAAUUGCUGGAAAUUCCAAGGCCCUCUAUGGCUGCUACUGGGGUGUCUCUCUGCCUCUACUACCUUGCCUAUAACCAGGAUGCUAUGGAGCGGGUAUGCAUGCUGCCUCACUCUGUCUUGUCAGAUGUGGUUGGCUACACACUGUGGCUGCUGGAAUGUUCGCAUGCAUCCGGCUGCUGCCACGCAACCAUGUUCUUCUCCAUUUCCUUCUCUUUCCGUGCUGUGCUGGAGCUCUUUGACAAGCAGGACGGGCUUCGACGCCUCGUCAAUCUGAUUAGCACAUUGGAGAUACUGAACCCUGAUGACCAGGGAGCGCUUCUCAGUGAUGAUGAGAUUUUUUCCAGCAGGCAGACAGCCAAGCACACUUGCAUGGCGCUGCGCAGGUACUUUGAUGCUCACCUGGCCAUCAAGGUUGAGCAGGUAAAGCAGUCACUGCAACGCACAGAGGGAGGUGCUCCUAUUCACUCACAGCCCCACUACAAGGCAGUCAGUUACAGCCGUGAGCAGGUAGUGGAAAUGAUGGAGUUCCUCAUCGAGCGUGGCCCUCUUCGUUUAUAUUGGGAACCAGCAGAAGUCUUCCAUAAACUCUCUUGUAUCCAACUGCUCUUGCAACUCAUUUCUAUCGCGUGUGAUUGGAGGACCUACUAUGGCAGGAGUGACACUGUACGUUACGCACUUGACAUCCUGAGUAUUCUCACGGUAGUACCGAAGACUCAGAUGUUAUUAUCUGAGACGGUUACUGUUGUCAGUGAGGGCGGGUCUACUAUAUCUAGUGCUGGAAUGAACAUUGUCCUGUCAGUAGCAGAGGGAGAAGUGUUUGUGAAUGAUGCGGAGAUCCAGAAGUCUGCCCUGCAGGUUGUCAUUAACUGUGUCUGUGCUCCUGACAAACGCAUGUCCAGCAUUGGCAAGUUUAUUGCGGGCACUCCGCGUCGUCGCCUCCCCCAGAUGACCAAAGCGAGUGAGAAUGUGCUCACAAAAAUGUGGAAUGUAGUGCAGUCCAACAAUGGCAUUAAGGUGCUGCUGUCCCUACUGACGGUCAAGAUGCCAAUUACAGAUGCAGAUCAGAUCCGAGCUCUUGCCUGCAAAGCUCUGGUCGGUCUGUCUCGGUCCACUUCUGUCAGACAGAUCAUCAGUAAGCUACCGUUGUUCAGCAGCGGACACAUCCAGCAGCUCAUGAAGGAGCCUGUGCUCCAGGACAAACGCAGCGAGCAUGUCAAGUUUUGCAAGUUUGCGGCUGAGCUCAUGGAAAGAAUAUCAGGGAAACCCUUGCUGAUAGGUACUGAUGUAUCCCUCGCUUGGCUGCAAAGAGCAAGUGUGGUCGCUCAGUCGAGGAUCACCUUUCCAGAGAAAGAGCUGCUGCUACUUAUUAGGAACCAUCUUGUAGCCAAAGGCCUUCAAGACACGGCGACGGCUCUCACCAAAGAGGCAGAUCUCCCGAUGGCGUGUGUCUCUCAUUCAUCACUUUCUGCCUCUCCUUUUGUUGCUGUAACCCCCACUACCGCCGCCAUCACCACUCUACCUCGCACCCCACGACUGGCCAAUGGUGUGGGGUCAAGACUCAGCAACCAUCCCUCUCACUUACCAACUCAGUCACCCGGCCAUUUACAAGCACGCCCCUCAACAUCGCAACCUGUCGCACCCUCCACAACUGCUUUAGCCUCAACAUCUGUGCCUCACUGCAGCAACGGCUCUCCUCUGAUCGGACGAAUCGUUUUCUCUCGCGAGCGGCACACGUCGUGCAAUGUGAUGAGCUGCAAGAAAACUCGAGUUCUGAGGCAGAAGUCAGACCACGGCGCCUUCAGCCAAACACCAGCCAUAAAGAAACAGUUUGACAGGCACAUGCCCUCGCCACCUGCAUUAGACAGUAUCAUCACUGAGUACCUGCGGGAACAGCACGCGCGCUGUAAAAACCCAGUCGCAACCUGCCCGCCUUUUUCUCUCUUCACCCCUCAUCAGUGUCCUGAGCCCAAACAGAGACGACAAGCACCUAUUAACUUCACGUCCCGACACACAAGGAGGGUCAUCUACCCGAAAUACGGAGGAGUCGAUGGAGGAUGCUUUGACAGACACCUCAUUUUCAGCAGGUUUCGUCCAAUCUCUGUAUUUAGAGAAGCUGAUGAAGACGAGAGUGGAUUCAUGUGCUGUGCCUUCUCAGCUCGAGAGCGUUUCCUGAUGCUUGGAACCUGCACGGGCCAACUGAAACUCUACAAUGUUUUUACAGGCCAGGAGGAAGCCAGCUACAGUUGUCACAGCUCAGCCAUAACUCACCUCGAGCCCUCUCGGGAUGGCUCCCUAAUUUUAACAUCCGCCUCUUGGAAUUUCCCAACAUCUUCACUCUGGGGAAUGAAGUCUGUAUUCAUCAUGAAGCAUUCUUUUAUGGGUGACCAUUAUGUGGAGUUCAGCAAGCUGUCACAAGAUCGUGUCAUUGGGACUGAGGAGCAGCUAGCGCGUAUUUACGACAUCCAGACAGGGCAGGUGACACUGACUCUAAACAACCCAGACCUCGCUAAUAACUACAAGAGGAACUGUGCUACCUUCAACCCUACAGAUGACCUGGUAUUGAACGAUGGCGUGUUGUGGGAUGUGCGCUCAGCUCAGGCCAUCCACAAGUUUGACAAGUUCAACAUGAACAUCAGUGGCGUUUUCCACCCCAAUGGCCUUGAGGUCAUCAUCAACACAGAAAUUUGGGAUCUGCGAACCUUCCACCUGCUUCACACAGUUCCUGCCCUGGACCAGUGCAGGACAGUCUUCAACAACAAUGGGACUGUCAUUUAUGGAGCAAUACUGCAGGCUGAUGAUGAAGACGACAUGAUGGAGGUGCAGAUGAAAAGUCCAUUUGGUUCAUCUUUCCGGACUUUCAAUGCCACAGACUACAAACCUAUUGCCACUAUUGACGUCAAGAAGAAUAUUUUUGAUCUGUGUACAGACUCUAAAGACUGCUACCUUGCUGUGAUCGAGAAUCAAGACUCCAAUAACACGGACACGGUCUGUCGGCUUUACGAAGUUGGCCGACAAAGGCUCGCGGAGGAGGAGGAGGAUGAGGAAGAUCAGGAGGAUGAUGAUCAGGAGGAAGACGACGACGAAGACGAUGACGACUCUGAUGACGAUGUUGAUACAGAUCCUCUUAUAGCAGAGCUUGAGAAUGAGAAUGGUGGAGAUGAGGACGACGAUGGAAAUGAUGAGUUCUCUCCUUCUGACGAGGAAGUGGCUCGCCUUCUCGAGGAGGAGCUAGAUGGAGGGGAUGAGGAGGAUGAUGAUGACGACGACAAUGACGAUGACUCUGACAAUGACGAUGCAGAACUGGAUGUCAUUGACAGCUCCGACAACUCUGACCUUGAGGAUGACAUAAUUCUGUCCCUGAAUGAGUGAGGGGCGAUUGGCCGUGGGGACUAACAGGGCCACAAGUCAGGACCUCUGCAGCGCAGAACUGUGAGCUGCGGAGGAAGAGGCAAGAAGGGGGAUCAGCAGAUGUGGUGGGAGUUAACUUGGAGCUCUGCCAGUUUGAAUGAGCUGGCGUCUGUGUACAAAUGGACUGGGUGAUUGGACCAAGGAGAUAAAUAAAAACAUGAUUGUGCUGGAUAUGAAUAUAGUUUUAUAAGAAGUCUUGAUGUAGAGGGAAACAGCUGGUGUUUGGGUGCUUUGAAAAGGUUUUAUAUAUUAUUCACUAAACUCCUAACAAGUGUCUGUUUGAUGUAAAGCCUUACAUAAGCAGCAAUUUGGUAACAGAUUACUAGGUAAACUGGAGCUACAUUAUUGGGGUGCAUCUCUGUUAUGCAAUGCAUCCAUAGGCGUAGACCAUCAACUGAAAUAUUCAUAUUCUGAAUUGCUGAACCUAAACAAGAGUGCUUAAUGUGACAAAACUGCCAAUGCCUCCUUCACAAUCCCCAGUGUGCACACUAAAACUUGACAUGACAGCUGUCCUCCAUCCUACACCAAGGAAGGGAUGCCUCUAGAUGGUGGCCAACUUUUGUGCUUUUGGUAACAAAUUGACCAUACCAAUUCUCGGGGUUUGGGGGGGGAUCACGUUUAAAUAUAUGCGGGCUGCAAAAUGUGAUCUAAAAGUCUAUUUUGAUUUAAAUUUUUGUUUCUCGGUCAUUUCAAACAUGGUGUGUGCUUGUGUGUGGGUGUGCGCUCGGGCUCAAUUUUAUAAAGCCGUUGAGUUUUUCUAAAUGAUUCAGUUUCAUAUCAUUUUAUCAGCUUUCUUUUUCACAAUGGAGUGGAAUUAAUUUCUGAAAGACAUUUACUGUACAGCUUGUAUGUACCUAAAGUAUUUUUCGUAUAAAUAAAUCUUCUGAAUUUGUUUUGUGCGUUUCCAUAUUGAUGUAAAUGUUUUCCAUCUGGGUCUGUCGCCAUUUUACAAGAUCUCUAUUACAUACAAACUCAAACAACUGAGAGUUUAG